AUGUUGAAAGCUAAAUACAACAAAAAGGUUUACAAUCAAGAUCUUUAUAAAGUUAUUUAUAAGUAUAAUUGUGAUAACUCUCAAUUAGGUAAUGAUGUAUCCUGGCUAUUUGUACAUCUUGAAAAGGCUAAGGAAAAAGAUUUUCGUUGG